AUGUCAAAAAAUAAAGAAAUAUCGUCCUCAAAAAAGGACGAUAUAGAUAGCUAUCUCAGCUCCUAUCUGAAUAUGAAGUCUCCACUCAUAGGACAACUCGAAUUCGACGCGUCAGUCCUUCCUCCACCAGUUGAUCCAAAAUUUGUAGAUUACGAGAUAAACGACGAGAUAGUAAAGUAUAAAUUGACGUCUCUGGAGUUUUCAGAACGACUGUCAAAUUUUACGGACUUUAAUUGCGGAAUUUCGGACGCUAUGUUGCAGGGGACGAGCUUCACAGGAUGCGGAGUGGAAAAUGAAGAUUUGAUGAGCUACCUGGAGUCGAAUGUGUUGGACAGCCCGUACGACGAAGUCAAUUCGGAGAAUAGCAUAUACGAAAACGUAAAGAAGGAAAUAGGGGAUUUAGUAAAGUACUUUGAAAGUGUUAAGAUGGGAAACCUGGUGAACAAAUCCAAGGAGUCGCUGCCGAAUUAUAUGCAAAGCCUUAUGUCAUCGAACGACCCGGAGGCAGUAAGCCCACAAAAAAGCAGAGGGUUGCAGACGAGCGAUGAUUCACUAACCUCAGUCACGCAAGUUACAACGCCAGGAUCGCAAAAGGACUGGGAAAGCAUGAGCAUAGAAGAAAGAAUAGAUGUGUAUAUAUCGGAGCUAGAAAAGACGUUUGUAAACCCAGAAGAACUGGUUCAUCCAACUAAUAGGUACCUCAAAAGGGCGAAGGUAUACAACAUUGUUCCAAACUCUAAACUGUGGAACAACAAGUACAUACAAGUUGGAAUCGACGGAGUAUCGGUAAAAUCAGACCCAAAUUCAAAGUUGGAAGUGGACGGAGUGAUUCGACUGGCGAAGGAGACGCAGACGCAGCGCUACUUUGAGUACUAUAAGCAGUACGACACGGAUGAUAGCUCACCAGUAGCACCGAGUAAAGCAGAAGAGUCAAAGAGCGCCGGCGACUACAACGCGAAGAGGGUUAAGAAGGAAGAGCCUGAAGAUAACGAGGAAGAGGGAAUCGACGACCUCUUCGAAGAGGAAGACGACGAUGCCAAGGACCAAGACUUGACGCGGGAUGAUGAUCAGCAGAAGGGGGGCCUAGAGUCCCCGAGUCCGGAGCAGGAGCAGGACGGGAACCUAUUCAAGUUCAUAAGACAAUACACGUCACAGAAGGUGUCAAAAUCGUCCGGAACUGAAAAUUACUUCCUCCUAACACUCCCAAAGGAAAAGGAGAAGAAAGGGAAGGUGAAGGAGGAAGAGGACUCGGAUGACGAAAGCGAAAAUUUGAUGGAACUAGUGCCGAUCAGAGGGCAAAAACUGGUCUUCAGCAAGGCGGGAGUGACCAAGAGGCCAGACAUAAGAAUAGCAUACGUAACGCCCUAA